CCGACAUUAAGCCCGGGGUUCGCAGCCAGCCGCAGCUGGGGUUCGGGCACCAGGGAGGAGGGCAGACAGGCCUGCUGGGGCCAUGGCCGAGGGGGAAGAUUUGCAGACCUUCACUUCCAUCAUGGACGCACUGGUCCGCAUCAGUACGAGCAUGAAGAACAUGGAGAAGGAGCUGCUGUGCCCGGUGUGCCAGGAGAUGUACAAGCAGCCUCUGGUGCUGCCUUGCAUGCACAACGUGUGCCAGGCCUGUGCCCGCGAAGUGCUAGGCCAGCAGGGCUACGUGGGCUACGGAGGGGACCCCAGCUCCGAGCCCACCUCGCCGGCCUCCACGCCCUCCACUCGCAGCCCCCGGCUCUCCCGCAGGACUCUCCCCAAGCCGGAGCGUUUAGACCGGCUGCUGAAAUCAGGCUUUGGCACAUACCCCGGGAGGAAGCGAGGGGCUCUGCACCCCCAGGUGGUUCUAUUCCCGUGCCCCACCUGCCAGGGGGAUGUGGAGCUGGGCGAGAGGGGCCUGGCGGGACUGUUUCGGAACCUGACUCUGGAGCGAGUGGUGGAGCGGUACCGGCAGAGUGUGAGCGUGGGCGGGGCCGUCCUGUGCCAGCUGUGCAAGGCUCCACCUCUGGAGGCCACCAAGGGCUGUGCCGAGUGUCGUGCUGCUUUCUGCAACGAGUGCUUCAAGCUCUUCCACCCCUGGGGGACCCAGAAGGCCCAGCACGAACCCACCCUGCCCACCCUCUCCUUCCGGCCCAAGGGUCUGAUGUGCCCAGACCACAAGGAAGAGGUGACCCAUUACUGCAAGACGUGCCCACGCCUGGUAUGCCAACUCUGUCGGGUGCGGCGUACCCACAGUGGACAUAAGAUUACACCAGUUCUCAGCGCCUACCAGGCUCUCAAGGACAAGUUGACCAAGAGUUUGACAUAUAUUCUGGGAAACCAAGACACUGUGCAGAACCAGAUCUGUGAGCUGGAAGAGACUGUGAGGCACACAGAGGUGAGCGGCCAGCAGGCCAAGGAGGAGGUGUCGCAGCUGGUGCGGGGGCUGGGGGCAGUGCUGGAGGAGAAGCGUGCGUCCCUGCUGCAGGCCAUCGAGGACUGCCAGCAGGAGCGGCUGGCCCGUCUCAGCGCCCAGCUCCAGGAGCACCGCAGCCUGCUGGACGGUUCUGGGUUGGUGGGCUACGCUCAAGAGGUCCUGAAAGAAACAGACCAGCCAUGCUUUGUGCAAGCGGCUAAGCAGCUGCACCACAGGAUCGCCCGUGCCACCGAGGCCCUGCAGACCUUCCGACCAGCUGCCAGUUCCUCCUUCCGCCAUUGCCAGCUGGAUGUGGGGCGUGAGAUGAAGCUGCUGACGGAGCUGAACUUCCUGCGAGUGCCAGAGGCGCCGGUCAUCGAUACGCAGCGCACCUUUGCCUAUGACCAGAUCUUCCUGUGCUGGCGGCUGCCCCCGCACUCCCCACCUGCCUGGCACUACACAGUUGAAUUCCGCCGUACUGACGUGCCUGCCCAGCAAGGCCCUGCCCGCUGGCAGCGGCGGGAGGAGGUGAGGGGCACGAGUGCCCUGCUGGAGAACCCUGACACUGGCUCUGUGUAUGUGCUGCGGGUCCGUGGCUGCAACAAGGCAGGCUACGGCGAGUACAGUGAGGAUGUGCAUCUGCAUACACCCCCAGCUCCUGUGCUACAUUUCUUCCUUGAUGGCCGCUGGGGCAGCAGCCGAGAGCGACUGGCCAUCAGCAAGGACCAGCGGGCGGUGCGCAGCCUGCCCGGGUUGCCACUGCUGUUGGCGGCCGAACGUCUGCUCACCGGCUGCCACCUGAGUGUGGACGUAGUCCUGGGAGACGUGGCAGUGACCCAGGGCCGCAGCUACUGGGCCUGCGCGGUGGACCCCGCCUCCUACUUGGUCAAAGUGGGUGUGGGGCUGGAGAGCAAGCUGCAGGAGAGCUUCCAGGGUGCUCCCGACGUGAUCAGCCCCAGGUACGAUCCUGACAGCGGACAUGACAGCGGGGCUGAGGACGCCACAGUGGAGGCGUCUCCACCCUUUGCCUUCCUGACCAUUGGGAUGGGCAAGAUCCUCCUGGGCGCUGCGGCAGGCGCAGGGAUGACAGGAAGGGACGGCCCUGCCCCCGGCUGCACCGUUCCCUUGCCACCCCGCCUUGGCAUCUGCCUGGACUAUGAGCGAGGCCGCGUGUCUUUCCUGGACGCAGUCUCCUUCCGUGGGCUUCUGGAGUGCCCCCUGGACUGCUCAGGGCCCGUGUGUCCCGCAUUCUGUUUCAUUGGAGGGGGCGCGGUACAGCUUCAGGAGCCUGUGGGCACCAAGCCCGAGAGGAAGGUCACCAUCGGGGGCUUCGCGAAGCUGGACUGAUGCUGGGGGCCCCUCCUGGGCGCUGAGCUCUAAGCCUCUGGAGGCCACUGCUGCCCCCAAACUCUUCCUCCUCACCCGUCUGUGUGCUCCUCCAACCUCCCCAGUCAGCAGAAGGCUGCACUUCCACCCUGUCCAUGCCUGUUCAUUCCGCCCACCGUACCCCUGCCUUGCCCUUGGUCUUAUAUCCCAGGCACGGAGACCCCUUCCUGCGCCUGCCCUACACUCCCAGGCUGAAGGAGAGGGCAAGUCCCAGGCACAAGGGCACGAACCCCAACUCUGCCUAAUCCAGUUCUGUCUGCCCAUUAAUGCUCCACCACAGCCUUGGGCAGGCAGGCUUUGGAGCCACACCCUGCCUAGGCACUUCCUGAGGGGGGUUAGGGGACCCAGUCGUUCUGCUCUGUGCUUUGGGUCCCCAUGCCCCUUGGCCGCAUGCCUCUCAGCCCCUCUACUCCCUCCUGCAUGCUUUACCUGUGUGCACCCAUUCAGCCCAGUACGCUUCCCCGAAGCCCAGCCAAGCUGGGUGCCCCCCAGGGGGGUGGCCAGACAAGGUCUCUGGAGCCUGGAACUGCCCCCCUCCCCAGCAGUGGCGAGCACUGCUAGUUUUGUGCCAGCAACAGCUGUUAUUUUCGUGGUUUAUACACAAUAAACUGUGGUUGCAGGCACACCUCUGAUUUCCCUGAG